UGUCAUUCUUUCUGUUCCAGUACUUUCAAUUUUUCAACAUCGAAUCAAAUCCAUCGAGAAGUACGUACAUCCCGUCCGCUUUCUUGAACUACAUCGAAAAUAUUGAAUUUUCAUUAUGUUCGAUAUUUUUCGUUUUUUCUUAUAUCUCACUUCGUAUUUUGCUGCUUUGACAGAUGCUAGGGUAAGUGUAACAGAGAUUAAUGAAAAUACACCUGGUAUUACGAUUAAAACAGUAACAGAACCAUUUGGACUUACUGAGGGACCACAUUGGGAUGAUGGAUCUCAGAAAUUAUAUUUUGUCGAUAUUGCUAAUCAAAAAUUAUAUAGAUUAGAUCCUUUAUCUGGCUCUGUUACAUCUACAUAUAUAGAAAAUGGUCCAGUUGGAGUAGCUGUACCUGUGGAGGAUGAGCCUAAUAAAUUUGUAGCAGGUUCUGGCACCGACUUUGUUCUUGUUACAUGGGAUUCUGGGCUUAAUUUAACUAAAGCUUCUAGUAAAGUAUUAUCUACCGUUGAUAAAAAUCGUAAAAGUACAAGAUGGAAUGAUGGCAAAGUUGACUCCUCUGGACGAUUCUGGGGUGGUACCAUGGGUCCGGAAAUAAAUGGAGAUGUAGUCCCUGAUCAAGGAACUCUUUAUCGCAUUGGAAAAGAUUUCGCUCCACUUGUUGAAAUAUCUCCUGUUUCUAUAAGCAAUGGAUUAGCAUGGAACAAAGAAGAUGAUACAUUCUACUAUAUUGAUUCACCUACGCGUCAAAUAGCUGCAUACGAUUAUAACCCUCUCUCUGGAAGUAUAUCUAAUAAAAGAAUUGUGUUUGAUUUGGGAAAAAACAAUAUUUCUACUGGUGUUCCCGAUGGCAUGACUAUAGAUACUGAUGGCAAUCUUUGGAUAGCUGUUUUUAAUGGAUCUGUUGUACUUAACGUGAAUCCAAAGACUGGAAAAUUAAUACGUUACAUCAGACUUCCAGCAGAAAGAGUAACCAGUGUAGCAUUCGGAGGACCAAACUUACAAACUUUAUACAUAACCACAUCAAGUUAUGGACUAUCCGAUGCAGAAAAGAAAAAGCAGCCUAAGGCUGGUUGUGUAUUCGAAGUAAAAGGUUUAGGAGUUAAUGGAUUAUUGGCCAAUUCAUUCCAAUUGUAAACGCAUUAAUAUACAUGUCAAUUUAAAAGAAAAUUUUUUAUGAAAUAAUACUGCAAAUAUAUGAAAAUAAGUGUAUCCAAUGGUAUAAA